GACCCCCCCUCACCCCUUUUUUCCAAUCUAACCCCUUAUAAAUACUGACCCUCACCCUUCAUCUCUUCCUCAGUGAUUCAGUCUCUCAGUAAAUUCACUGCACACAGUUUCCCUUUCUUCUCUUCCUUAACCAAACCAAACAAAUUUCAUUCCUUUGAUCUAUCUAUCUAUCUACCACCAUGGCUUCUUCUUCUUCUUCUGUGUCCACCACAGCACCUCCUUUGUACUUUGAUGAGAAGUGGAAGCUGUCAAAGAAAGAAGGAUCCGCAAGAAGCUGCAGCAGGUCUUCAAGCACCCCUUUCAUCAAGAGUAAUUCCUCACAUAGAAAGUGUGCUUUUGCUAGCAAGUGUGCCAGGCUCGUGAAGGAGCAAAGGGCUCGUUUCUACAUCAUGAGAAGGUGUGUCACAAUGCUCAUAUGCUGGCGUGACUACAGUGAUUCCUGAAGAAAAUUAAGGGUUUGUGAGGGAGACACACAGGGUUGCUGAGAGGGCCUAAAGUUCUCUCCUUUUGAGUCCCCCGCUUUUCCUUUUCUCUUGCUUUAGAUCAGAUCCCUUUUGGGGGUUAUGGAGAUAUACCUGUACAUAAGAAAUUGUUUCUCUUGUCUAGAAAUUUUCAAUUUUGUUUGUUUGUUUUUUUUUAAGGUUGUUAUGAUGAUAACUUCAUCAAUGGAGGAUCAUGUUUGGUGUUAACUUUUGUUGAUUUGGAAUGAGAAUAGAAGAGAAUAUGUUUAGAAUGGGAAAAUUAAUUGAAAUAUAAUAUAAAUUAUAUAGCUUAGUGAUA